AUGGCAAUUUUUAUCGUGUUACAGAUAAUUAAUGACUCAAUUUGGGGACCAAUAGAAUUGUCUCCGACGUCAUGGAAGAUCAUAAACACACCAGAAUUUCAACGACUAAGGUUUAUCAAGCAGUUGGGAGGAUGUUAUUUUGUGUAUCCGGGUGCAUGCCACAACAGAUUUGAACAUUCUAUAGGAACUGCACACUUAGCAAGAACGCUUGGUACUGAAUUACAGAAAAAUCAGCCAGAACUUAAAAUAACUCAGGAAGAUAUCAUUUGUUUGGAGGUUGCUGGACUUUGUCAUGAUCUAGGACACGGUGCAUUCUCUCAUCUGUUUGACCUGCAGUUUAUUCAAAAAGCAAGACCUGGAUAUGAAUGGGAGCAUGAAGAAGCAUCUUUGAAAAUGCUAGACAGAAUUUUCGAAAUUGUCAGUUUAGACGAUUUGACUAAAGAAAGUCAAACUUUCAUCAAAGAACUUAUUAAGAAACCAAAAGGUUCUUACGAAGGAAGACCUAAAGAAAAACACUUUCUCUACGAGGUAGUUGCCAAUGACGUAAACAAAAUAGAUGUUGACAAAUGGGAUUAUUUCUCACGUGAUUGUCACAUGCUAGGACUCCAUCAUAAUUUUCAAUGUCAGCGAAGCAUAAAGAUAGCCAGAGUUAUCGAACAUGGAGGAGAGAGACAUAUAAGCUUUCCAAAAUCGGAAUAUUUGAACAUAUUUGAUAUGUUUUCUACACGGUAUACCCUACAUCGCCAAGCCUAUCAACACCCAGCUAAUAGAGUUGUUCAAACGAUGAUUUCAGAUGCCUUUAUCAAAGCUGACAGGUAUCUUACAUUCCCACCAAACAAGCCGAAAGGAAAGAGCGGGAAGACUUUAUCAGAGUCAAUUGAUGAUAUGGAUGCGUACAUUUGGGUGACAGACGAUGUUUUCCAUAGGAUUAGGACUCUAUCUGAAGACAAUGAAAAUGUCAAACAGGCUAAAACAAUACUAGACAGAAUACUGAGCCGUGAUUUCUACAAAAUAAUUGGAGAGAAAAAGGUUCAGUUCAAGGGUGAAAAGCAAAAGGUAUAUUUAAAGGAGAAAUUCCAAUACUCGUAUGGAAAAAAGAAUAAAGAGCAAAAGGUUCUAAGGGAACCCAUAUUUAAUAGAUGUAGUGCCUAA